AUGCAGCGUCUAAAGUACAAAGUUGGUAAGAUUAUCGCGACUGAACUACAUGCAUUUGUAGUAACUGCAAAGUUCUAGUUAUAACCUUAUUAUGCACCGCCCCUAACGUGGACUUUCGAUACCCGAGUAGGAAAGUACUGCCAUGGUAUUUUGAAUGUGUGCGUGCACGCGACUUCAGCGUCUCAGAUUACAAAAUGCUCUCCCGCUGACAUCCGCUCUUUCAUGUGACACGGGUUAACACUAGUGUUAGGUACGAGUUUUAUUUAGAGCACUAAACAAAAGCGUCCUUGGCUUACAUUCCAGAUGUGCCGUAUACGAGCCCCAAGCCAAAAUAGGCCAUCAUUGAGAAUCAUGGCCCAAAUCUCACCAUGCUAUACAUGUUUUUAGCAACUGAAGUCGACUUUCCAGAGCCAGGGAUCGUCAACAAUUGCUCCCCAAAUAGGCAUCUUAAGAAGCCACGGCUUGCAUUUCGUCACCGCAUUGAUUCGCACAUCCAUCAACAGCAGCCCGUCAACUCAAUGUCCGUACAGUAUUUCGCAAACAAUUCAUCACAUGCUUUUAGUCCUGAAUAAUUGAAAGUCAUUCACUUGUCCAUGCUCGUAUGACAACCGCAAAUGGCUGUGCUGUCGUUAUGGCUAGAAUAAUUGCCCGCUUCCUGACGGACGGCUCAACGCGCUCUUUCCGAGAGCAGUAUGAAGACGUUCGGUACCUAGCAGCUUGUCUUUUGUACAGGGAAUUGCAAACUAAACAGAAAAAAGAACAACAACUCAUAGUCGUUCCUAGUACAGCCAUUGCUCAAAACCUUCGUGGUUUCUACACCUUUUUCUUUUUAUAGCUGACAUAGGAUUGGCGGAAUGGGGUCGCAGAGAAAUCGACAUUGCCGAGAACGAGAUGCCUGGCCUAAUGAAGCUUCGCCAGCAGUAUGGAGAGUCUCAACCUCUGAAGGGUGCACGAAUCGCUGGUUGCCUCCACAUGACCGUGCAAACGGCCGUGCUCAUUGAAACCUUAGUGUGUUUGGGCGCCAAGGUCCGAUGGUCGUCCUGCAACAUAUUCAGUACUCAGGAUCACGCAGCUGCUGCCAUCGCAAAGACAGGCGUUCCGGUUUUUGCGUGGAAGGGUGAAUCCGAAGAGGAGUAUGUUUGGUGCAUGGAACAGACAUUGGAAUUCGAUGAUGGCCCUCUGAACAUGAUUUUAGACGACGGCGGUGACCUAACGAACCUCGUGCACGACCGCUAUCCUCAGUACCUUAGUGGUAUCAAGGGGAUUUCUGAAGAGACAACUACCGGUGUUCACAAUUUGUACAAACGACUCGCUGCAGGCACCCUCAGCGUUCCAUCCAUCAAUGUAAACGAUUCCGUUACAAAGGUAUGACAUACACUUCCAAGCUUAAUUGCGAUCAGAGCAAGUUUGACAAUCUUUACGGCUGUAGAGAGUCACUGAUUGAUGGCAUUAAACGCGCCACUGAUGUUAUGGUGGCGGGAAAAGUGGCCUUUGUGGCCGGUUACGGUGAUGUUGGUAAGGGAUGCACCCAGGCUCUCAGGUCAUAUGGAGCCCGCGUUUUGGUCAGCGAAAUCGAUCCAAUAAAUGCCUUACAGGUAAUUUUGGUCGCUUUAUUGUAAAUUAAUAUCGACCUUAGUCGUCAAAUUUCUCAUGCUCCACCCUUUCUUUCGGACUAUCUAGGCUGUCAUGGAGGGCUUCGAAGUCACGACAAUCGAAGAAGCCGUUAAAGAGGCUAGAAUAUUCGUUACAGCUACCGGUUGCAAGGGCGUCAUCUUGGGCAAACACAUUGAACAAAUGAAAGAGGACAGCAUUGUAUGCAACAUCGGACACUUUAACUACGAGGUCGAUGUUUCUUGGUUGGAUGAGAAUUGCAUCGAAAAGGUUGAGGUAAAGCCACAGGUGCACCGCUACACCCUAAAGAAUGGACGCCACAUCAUCGUCCUAGCUGAAGGCCGUUUGGUCAACCUGGGCUGUGCACAUGGUCAUCCUUCCUUCGUCAUGUCCAACUCAUUUGUCAACCAGGUUCUCGCGCAAAUCGAACUGUUUACAAAACCCGAAAAGUACCCCCUUGGCGUCCACUUUCUUCCAAAAAAGGUACGACGAACAGUGUAACAUUGCAUAAGUAAAAAAAAUUGUUGCUACCAGCAUCUUGAACCGUUAGGGCCUUCAUCUUAUGAUGACAAAACCACACUCAACUCCUUUUUUUAGCUCGACGAGGAGGUUGCAGCCGCACAUUUGGACCAGUUGGGCGUCAAGUUGACAAAACUUACCAAGGAACAGGCCGAAUAUCUGGGCAUCAAUAGGGAUGGCCCGUUCAAGGCCGACCACUACCGCUACUGA